AUGGGCGACACCACUUCAGAGUUACCCACAUGCGGCCGGACCAGGUCUGAACCUGUCAAGUUUGGCCGCGCCCUUCGCGACUCUGAAUUCUUGUUCGAUCCUUCGUACCGCAAUCUCAACCACGGCUCAUUUGGCACCAUCCCCUCCCACAUCCGCAACUUGAUGAGGCAAUAUCAAGACCAAGCAGAAGCGAAGCCCGAUCCCUUCAUCCGAUAUACAUACCCUCAGCUCCUCGAUGAGUCCCGCGCUGCCGUGGCCAAGCUUUUGGGUGUCCCAACGGAGACAUGCGUCUUUGUGUCCAACGCCACCAUGGGCGUCAACACGGUGCUCCGUAACAUCGUGUGGAACAAGGAUGGGAAAGACGAGAUCCUGUUCUUUGAGACUAUCUACGGCGGGUGUGCAAAGACGGUGGAUUAUGUGGUGGAGUACAACCGUGGAUUGGUUCACAGUCGAUGUGUGCCCAUUCUAUACCCCUGUCCAGACGGGGAUAUCGUUGAGAACUUUGAGAAAGCGGUGCAAGAGGUGGAAAAGGAGGGGAGGAGAGUCAGGCUGGCGCUAUUUGAUGUGGUCAGCUCGAAUCCCGGGGUCCGGUUCCCUUUCGAAGCCAUCACUGCUUCAUGCAAGAGGCAUGGGAUUCUAUCGCUCGUUGAUGGCGCGCAGGGGAUAGGCAUGGUAAAGCUUAAUCACCUCGGCGAGGUUGAUCCAGAUUUUUUUGUGUCCAACUGUCACAAGUGGUUGCAUGUGCCGAGGGGUUGUGCAGUCUUUUACGUCCCUUUGAGGAAUCAAGGACUGAUCAGAUCGACGGUGCCGACUUCGCAUGGGUUUGAGGCGGCUGAACUGCAGGGUGGGAACUUGAGAAGGGUGAACCCGCUGCCGCCCAAUGGGAAGGGCUAUUUCGUGAACGGCUUUCAGUUUGUGGGGACGGUGGAUAACGCGCCUUACCUGUGUGUCAAAGACGCGAUCAAGUGGAGGGAAGAAGUUCUUGGUGGUGAGGUGAGAAUUAGAGACGAGCUGAUCAAGAUGGCAAGGGAAGGGGGCAGGCUGGUGGCGGAGGCGUUGGGAACUGAGGUAUUGGAUAACAAGGAGGGAACGAUGUCUGCAUGCGCCAUGACCAAUGUGGCGUUGCCUUUACCGGCAGAGGAUAUCGAGGCAAGUGGAGAGGAACCAGCAGUUCAUUCCUACGUCCUCGGCACGCUCAUGGAGGAGUAUCAGACUUUUGUAGCAGUCUUUGUCUUUCAGGGAAGGUGGUGGGCCAGGCUCAGCGCGCAGGUUUACCUUGACUUGCAGGACUUUAAGUGGGUUGGAGGAGUGUUGAAGGAUGUUUGUGACCGGGUAGUGAGAGGUGAGUACAAGAAGAGCAAGGUACCUGACACUUCUGUGUAG